AUGAACCGCUAUAAUCUCGGGCUGCAAUUUUCCAAAUGCAGCGAUCCGGCAUGUCCCCAAGUCGUCAACCUACAAAGAUGCGCCGCGUGCAAGGCCGUCGUUUACUGCAGCCGCGACCACCAGGCCUCUGACCGACCGCGUCACAAGUCAUCAUGUGCCAUAGUAAAGAAGCAGAUUGCCGCGUACGAAGCCGAAUCAUCGACGCUGCGGGCGCGCGUCUGCCCGGACCAGCACGGUCAGGUUCUCGGGGCGACGGCAAACUUCACCGUCAGCGCCCUCAGCCAAAUGUUCACCACCAUCGCGGGUGCCACAACUCAGGUGCCCAGGUCGUACCUCCAGGCCCGAUCUGACCUCGUAACGGCGCUACUCAACAUCCGCACAGGCGAGGCCGUUGAUGCCGCGCUGGGACACGCCAUGGCCAUGCUGAACGCCGACAGGGGGGACGUCUUGGGCGUCAGGAGCAUCGUGCCGACGCUGCUGCUUCGGCUAGGGAGAGAUCAGGAAGCUUACGACUUUAUCAAGUGGUACGCCACUGUACCUCACGACACAUACAAAUGGGGGGACCCCGCAGAGCCAUUUCUUAACCUGAGCAACGAGGAUGCGACCGAGGAGCUUGACGACAUGACAAUCAAGAACCUGAUUGUCGAGAAGCUUCCGUUUCUGGCUGCCCUGGUCCUACUAAAAGUCCGCCUGGCGCUGGACCUCGCAAACCUGACCGAAUUUGUAGCCAAGAGACAAAACACCGGCAGCGAAGAAGACGAACUCGAGGCAAAGAUGCAGUGGGUCCGGGAAGAAGCCAUGAGUGGCAUACUACAUAACCGCCAAGACCUGAUCAGCAGAUGCGGCAGUAGUCAAGGGGAUGCGCUGCAGGAGAGCAACAAGGCGCAGAUCAAGAAGCUAAUUGCCGCAACUUCGGUCAGGAACAAGCACUACUGGCCGGCUUUGCACAACCCGACGCAGUACAGUCACGGGUCACCGACGGUAUACGCGCGGGGGUCUAGGGAAGAGGUUAUUCUGGCGUUUAGGGAAACGUGGUAUGGAUGGAGCGAAACGCCCCAGGCGUUGGAUUUCAUCAAGGCACUCACGUCCCCGGACGUCGGGUCGAGGUAG